UUACCAUUUUUCUGGUAUUAUCACAUAUGUCACGAAUAGCGUUGCUGGCGUAUAGUAUAGAGAAGUUGAAUCGUAUAUUUAUGUUAGAGUAUUCAUGGUCAUCGAGUGUUUGGUUAUUCUGCAGACGAAGAGUGGUUUUAUAGUAAGUUUGUCUGACUCGUGCAUUAGGAUUUAUUCAUGUUUUGCGAUCGCGUUCCAUCGGUCUCUUGAUUCGUGCUCUAUCUUGCGGUAUGUCGAUAGAUCGAAAAUCUCAACGAUUGUUUUAGAUUUUUUUUUUUUAAGUAAACAAAAAAAAAUUGAUAAUAACGACGAUGCGAUGAUAUACCUACUCUUAGAUAUUCGUUGUAUGUCGUAAAUUGUUGUAUCUCGAGCUUCGUUUAAUUAAUGGUCUCGUGCAUUAAUAGCUUAUUCUUGUUCAGUGUUCGUCCGCAAUGAGAAUUAAUUGAACGUUUUGCGGUAUUCGAUUUUUACCCAUCAAAAUGGUAGAAUGUAGUACGGUGUCUAUUGUAAUUACGAUAUUCAUUUUAUUAGUGAUAGCCUAUUGGUUGCUAGAGUUGCACUAUUUUUUACGUAUAGCCACUUGUUAUUUGCAUUCGAAAAUAUUCAAGAAAAGAUUGCAUAUUUUGGAUACGUCUACGUACAGCUCGAUAUGCCUGACGACGGAUAUAGACAUUUUACUAUUCCACAUGAACAACGCGAGGUAUCUCCGAGAAGUGGACUUCGCUCGAGCGGAUUUUUACAAUCGAACCGAUUUAUGGAAGAAAAUACGCGAAAAAGGCGGCCUGGUUUUCCAAGGCGGUACCAGUAUCCGGUAUAGACGUUUUAUCAGAUUAUUUAGCCUUUAUUACAUUACAUCAGAUAUCGUGUACUGGGAUCAGAAUUCUAUCUACAUGGAGCACAGAUUCAUCACCAAAAGGGAUAAUUUCGUCAGAGCUAUCGUCUACUGUAAGCAAAAGGUCGUCAAAUGUAACGUCGAAGAAAUAAUGGCCGAGUUGAUGAAAAAUCCAUCCACCAAACAGCCCAGCGAAACAAUACGUAAGAAGCCCGAAUGCCCCUCGGAGAUUAGAUUGUGGAUCGAAUCCACAAACGUCUCCAGCGAAAAAUUACGUCACAAUGUUAUCCAAGUAUCAUAAUUUUUUCCGUUUUAAUUUCGUUCUUUUUUUUUUUUUUUUUUUUUUUUUCUAUCACUAUUUGACUGGAUUAAAGACUGAUAUUUUAAGAGAUAAUUUAAAUUUGAUUUGCCCGAGUUUCUAAAACGUACUUCGCGACAAGACGUAGUGCUCUUUACCUAAUUAUACAUUCGAAAGACGUAAAUACCGAAUUGUUUUGCUGUGCUUCGCAUCUGCGCCGGAACUGAACAUGGGCCAAUUCCAACUUCAACGUGGUGGUCGUUUGUUUUGAAUUAUCAUCGAAAUUGUCAGGUAUCACCUACAUUUGCCUGCGUGAUAAAUUGUGCAGACUUUAGCGCGUGAACCAGUCAACAAUGUUUUUCAGUAUCGUGAUACCUACGAUUUGCUAUUUAUCACCGCGAACGAACAGAACGGAACGAUGUGCCGGCCGAAGAGAGCUUAUAAAUUAGAACAAUUAUCCAUUAAAUCGUCAACAAAAUAAUGGAUGACGUUUGUUCGAAAUAUUGCAAUCAAAUGCUGAAUGCUCAUUUUACAAGUCAAUUAUUUUUAAUUCCUAAGUCGUUAUUUUGUUCGUAUAAGCGACAUGUAAGUCGAUAUUUUUCCAUUUUACCCAAUACCAUUCUACAGAUAAGUAUCUCCUUCCGUCCUUCAUCUCUGUCUUUUUUUUUUUCGAUUGAACUAGAAUAUUUUGUUUAUUUAUUGUAUGUACUUAGUUAUAUGUAGUUUCAUUUGUUUUCAAAAUAGGAAAAAAACAGAGUAAUAUUUUGAGAAUGCGAAAGAAACUACGAAGCUUUUUAAUCCUAAGUGUGUUUUUAUGUAGCCUUAUACUUACUUUCAAAUCGAAAGUAAAUCAACGAGAGUAUAAUAUUAAUUUUAUCUGUAUUUUUUUCUUACCAUUCCAACGAUGCCAUUACAAUAUAUUCGAUAUAGUAAUAUUUUCUUCUUAACUUAUUCAUCGAAACGUAUCUAGGUAUACCUUACCUAUAAUAUGGGGAAUUACCUACUCCCUUAUUCAAAUUUGGAUUUUCGAUGUAUAUUAUUAUUUUCGAUAAAAAGAAUCAAAAUGAUUAAUGAGAUAUAUUUAUGUCACAACCUUUUCUCUUUUCAAAGCAAAAAGGUGAUAAAUAGAUCUCAAAUUUACAUAUUUAUUGAAUUCGUAAUAUUAGAUAGGUAAUACAGGUCAUUCGGGUAAAAUUUUAUUUGUCAUUUCGUUUGCUCUUCUUAAUUUCAUUUCAAAAUCACACCUGUAUAGUCAUCUUGGUUGGAAACCGAUCAUUCAUGCUUGUUUCACAGAAUGAAAGGUUAUGAAUCAUGAAAAAAAGUAGGUACCCAACUCGUUGAAUAAUCUCAUCGCAGGUAUACCUACGUUUAAAAAGUUAAUUUCGAUAAUAGGUGGAGAAAAACCAUGACAAAUGAAGCUUUACGUAAUAUACCUCUACCUACCUAGUUGUCUAUAGUCAUUCCCGAACAUCAAAAAAAUGAUUCUUAGUAUUAAAUCUUGUAAUAUUGUAUAUUCUCAUUGUAUAAUACGUAACUUUCAUCAUGUUUUUUAGAAAAGACAAAUUCCAAAAAUAUACAUAUAAAUGUAGCAAUCCGACAUGUAAAAUUUUUUUAGUCGCUAAUACCUACUUGAAAUUGUGAUUUAAUUUUAGUAACGUUUUAUAAUUUACAUUACUAUAAAAUUUACGCUUAUUUUAAAGAAAUCGAUGUAUAUUUAAUAAAAGUUACCAAAUAAGUACCUA